AAACAUUUAAAGACAAAAUAUUGGACCAUGCAAAUCAAUUAUCCAGCCUUUGAAACCACUAUAUAUGGGGUAUACUUCACUACAUCAUGACAAUACUGUAUGCUCACUAUGUUGCACACCAUUGAUAGCAGAAUACUUGACAUCUUUGGAGUAGUUUUUGAAACAGAACCCACAUCGAAUCUCAAUUGUGUUAAUUUCAUGAAGUAUUAUUCACACCACAAUACGACCAGUAACUAGGAAAUGACAGUUAAUGAUGCAGAGGAAAUUAGGUAGUAUCACUGACACAUCUGAGUAAAGAUGUCUCCCUCUUUUUGCAGCUCUUUUGUUUCUUUACUGUUUCUAUUGUUAAAUGCUACAGUGCAGUGUAAUACUUGUGGUACUGAAGGAUUUAUGGAACUAAGUUUACUGGAGGCUAAAACUACUAACAAUUUACAAACUACUGGACUAGCAGAAUCAGUAGAAACAAGAUGGAUCAUCACAGAAGGAGAUAAGAAGAUUCGUUGUAGUGCAGACAAUAGUAAACUGACUGAAAUAUUAGUUGGAGUAGACGUUAGAACUGUCACUGGUAACAGGAAUCAAUACCCUAGAGUAGAGAUAUGGGCAGAUGAAAGCCGAUAUAGGAAUACAGUAUCUGUUGAACUUAGAUUAUCUCCACAAAAUUUCACUACUAGUGGACUGUAUCGUAUUACGUUACCCAUUUCUUUACGUAUUGAGAAGGCAAAUACUGGCUACAGACUAGGAGUAUUUCAACCUGCUGAUGAUAAAAGUGUUGUAAGGUUUUAUAAAGUAACUAGAGCGGGUCAAAUUGCACGAGUAGUUGAAGUCAAUUAUAAUUAUGUUAGCAAAGUUUCUGAUGAUGGUGAAAUAGCAUUACAAACUUCAAGUAUCCUAAUAUAUCCAAUUACAAGUAGCAAUUGCAAUUAUCCUUCAAUUGACAGUUCAUUUAAUACAAACAGUCUAUCAGUUACUAGUGUAAUACCAGUCAGUGAUACAAGAGCUUUUCCUGAUAUACAGUUCACAUGUAAUGGUAUUGUUACUAAAUGGAUAAUUGGUAUUACACAAAAUCAGGAUACAAACAAACAUUAUCCUAACAUUUAUUUAAAACGUUCUUCUGAACUGAUUCAUGCACUAACUGUUGAUGCUUCUGCUGCUACAUCAAGUAAUGGUAAUGUAUAUAACUUUACAAGUGAUAUUGAAGUACAGUAUGGAGAUAUAUUAGUUAUCAAUGUAACCACUAAUAGUAAUCCAAUGUAUUAUCAACAAUACAAUGGACCAUUGAAUUAUCAGCUUGAUAGCAGUAAUGGAUUAAUGCCAUUGGAGCAUAAUGACUAUCCACUGAUAUCAGUUGUUGUAGUCACUCCAUCAACACAAUUAAUAAAGACAAACACAAUAAUACUAACAGGCACAAGUGCUAGCAAUAGUACAAGAAUACCUUCUCCAACUACUAGUAGCACAUCAUCCAUGGCUACUUCAACUAUAACAAUAGAAUCAACUGCAUCAACUCGUAUUACUACAUCACUGAAUAUAUCAACAAGCCCAGUGAUGAGUACAUCAGUUAGUACACCUGAAAGUACAGUCAGUAAUACACUAAUACUAGCAGGAGCUAUCAGCAGCUUUACUAUAUUAUUUAUAUUACUGGUAGCUUCUAUACUAAUAGUAAGUGUAUUAGUGUGUAGGAGAAGAUGGAAUAAAGCAACAAAUAGAAACCAUGAUAUUAGUGCUAAUAAGUGUACUACUGAUCAACAUUCAAGAGAUACACAAAUGGACAACAUACUAUCAAAUAUAUCAGCUAAUUCUGCUUAUGGUAUUACUGGAAGAAAGGACAAUUGUAACACUGAUGUAUCUAUGAAUCCUGCUUAUGGUAUGAACACUGGAAGAAGGCAUGAAAGCAUUGAAGAAAUAUAUGAUGAACCCAAAACAAUGACAGAUACUGAUAAAAUACAAGAUUAUAUGAUAAUAAAUGAAGCCUAUCAACAGGUGAAAGAAGAAAGGAUAUAUGAAAAUUAACAAUUCUCGAUUGGUCUAUUGCGCUUACAUUAAAACUUUGAAUUAAUAAUAAAUGUAUAUAGCAUUAUGAUCCCUUUGUCUUUUGUAUUAAAAUUUUUGUUUUAACGAUCACUGUAUUAUUUGUAAAAUGCUUAAAUUUAAUUGGAA